UUUUUAAGAUUUCUUAAAAUAUUUUAUGCAUAUUGAUGAUUUCUGUUAAGUUCGCGAGAGUUAUCUUUCCUGCGGUAUUGUCAAAGUUAUACAGCAUCUUCAUAUAUGGACACAAAAUCAACGUCGUCGGAGGUAACCAAUGAAUUUAUUCCGCGGUAAAAUCUUGGGAGCGUCAUUUUAAUAGCGUGGGUUCUCACUUCUUUCAGGACGCCGAUAGCUAAGCAUUGAAAAUUUUCAAAGAGAUCUAUAAAGCGUUAUCGUCAUCAAGAAUAAGUAUGCCACCAAAAAGAACAAGCCAAGCUCGCGCAAAACCAUCAACUGUCUCAAAACAAAAGAAACGCAGGACAUCAAUGAACUUGGAAGUGGUGUCGCCAGCUUUAUCCCCCGAUGUACUGGAAACCAUCACAGCACAGGUGACCCAGCGGGUGACGGCCACAAUUAGAGACGAGUUGACAACGCUGAUAAACAACAUUAACAGCAACAGUGCUUCAAAUUCUCAGGGGAGUAUUAGUAUAAACCCUCUAGGGGCAUCUAACAACGAUGAUAAUGACGGGUUGGUAAGAGAAUCUAGAUAUCUGGACAACGCUAUUCAACACUCAGUUGAAGCGGUAGUUGUGGAUCACACUGAGAAAAUCGCUGGUAAAUCAGUUUUUACAACUGGCACCCUGGGCCGACAGCAAUCCAGUCAACAUACCUCCACUACCGCCAUUUCCAAAUUAAGAGGUGACAUACAAAGACUAUUGGAUGCGAGCCUUACUAAUUCUUCUUUAGCUUCGUACUCCCAUGCUUGGACAGUUUUUAAAGAUUUUGCCGAGAAAUACGAGUUAAUUAUUGAGUUUCCAGUGAAACAACACAUAUUGGUAUAUUAUGUUGCCUACCUAUUUUCAAAGGACUAUGCUGCAACAACUAUUUCUUCAUAUCUCUCGGCUAUUAGUUACAUCCAUAAGCUCAACAGUUUUGGGGAUCCAUGCUCGUCCUUUUUAAUACAAAAAUUGCUCUUAUCAACACGCAAACUUAAACCUUCACAAGAUGUUAGAAUACCUAUUACAAAAAAUAUUUUGCAUCAAAUUUGUGACUUUUUACCAGUUACAGUUUCCAAUGCAUUUGAAAAGGCCUUGUUUAAAGCAAUGUUUUUGUUGGCCUUUUAUGGAUUCUUGAGAGUUGGGGAAAUAACAUCAUGUCAAAAGGUAAUUAACAAAAAUUUAAUUCAGUUUAAUCAAAUUUCCAGGCAGCAAGAUCAUUUAAUUAUCAAAUUUGUUACAUAUAAACAUCACAUUGGCAAACCAUUUUUUCUCACUAUUCACUCUGCAAGUAACAAAAAGUAUUGUCCAGUUCAAUGCCUAGAAGACUACAUCAAGUUAAGAGGAGUACAAAAUGGGCCACUUUUUUGUUAUGUACCAAAUAUUCCAGUUUCCAGGGGUAAACUUUCGGCGGUAUUAAAAAACUGUCUAUCAUUUGCAAAGUUGGAUAUGACUCGCAUUACUAGCCAUUCUUUCCGGAUAGGCAUGGCGUCGCACUGUGCUGACAUUGCCAUGAGUGACAGCAAAAUCAGACUGUUAGGUCGAUGGAAAUCAGAUGCAUUCAAAAGUUAUUUUAGACCAGUUAAUCUAGUAUAGAGAGAGCAAAGACCGACUGUGAACUUAUGGAUAUACACGGUUAUUCAGGAACAUAUGUAUAUUUCUUGAUAACUUAUAAUGCGUUAAAAUAAUUUGAAAUAUAAGUUGUUAUUUUCAUGUCAAAGCUUUGAAAGGGCUGGACAUAUGUAUGUUCCUACCUAUGAUUACUAUAUAUUACAAGUAUUAGGUUACAUUGUACAUCUUUUUGGGUGGGGCAUAUGUAUAUCCUUACCCAUGCAUGAACAGUAUUUGAAUGUGUUUGCAUGUAUAUGGGACUAAGGUUUGUAAGGCAUAUGUAUAUCCUGGCAAAUAUUAGUCCAUUUUAAAGGUAUAGGAAUGCACUUUGCCACUUAAAAUUUUCUCCCUCCCUCCUUGGGGUCUGAACUUGAUUUAAAUAGAAUAAAUCAAGUACAUGGCGCUUUCAGACCACAAGGAUUAUGUUUUUCAUAAAUUAUCUAAUCAAUCACAUCAUUGAUUACAUCAGUAAUGGGAGUUAUGGAUUAUUUUAGUUGUAAAAUAUUAUGGGUAAAGAAUUAAAUAUUCAUAAUUUUAUGAUUAAUUUUAUGAACUUAUUAAUUAUUGUUAUAUAAUCAUCUAUUGUCAUUUUCCUGAUUAUUUCAAACCAAAUUUGGUUAACAAUAAAGUCACAAAAGUGGCAGAGUGCAACAUACCUAUGUGUUAUGUGAUGUUUUACUGUACAAAGAUGAAGGGCUCAGGUGGUUCAAUUUCGAGCGGAUAGAGGUUAAUUAUUUCAUGAGUGAGAAAUAAUGCUAUACGCAGUAAUGGUAUACUUUGAAAAUUAUCAAUUAUGGAUAAAUGAUUUUUAAGAUUUCUUAAAAUAUUUUAUGCAUAUUGAUGAUUUCUGUUAAGUUCGCGAGAGUUAUCUUUCCUGCGGUAUUGUCAAAGUUAUACAGCAUCUUCAUAUAUGGACACAAAAUCAACGUCGUCGGAGGUAACCAAUGAAUUUAUUCCGCGGUAAAAUCUUGGGAGCGUCAUUUUAAUAGCGUGGGUUCUCACUUCUUUCAGGACGCCGAUAGCUAAGCAUUGAAAAUUUUCAAAGAGAUCUAUAAACCACCUCCACCCCUCCACCUUCCUUUUUUAUGAACAUGUUUAUAAAAAAGAAAAAUUCUUGUGUAUUUUCUUUUUUCUUUAUUAAGCAUGGCGCUUUCAGACCACAAGGAUUAUGUUUUUCAUAAAUUAUCUAAUCAAUCACAUCAUUGAUUACAUCAGUAAUGGGAGUUAUGGAUUAUUUUAGUUGUAAAAUAUUAUGGGUAAAGAAUUAAAUAUUCAUAAUUUUAUGAUUAAUUUUAUGAACUUAUUAAUUAUUGUUAUAUAAUCAUCUAUUGUCAUUUUCCUGAUUAUUUCAAACCAAAUUUGGUUAACAAUAAAGUCACAAAAGUGGCAGAGUGCAACAUA